CCCGCCCCGAGCGGCGGCGGCGGCUCCUUGACCCCGGUGCUGUCCGUCCCGGUGGUGCGGGCAUGGUCGUGUCCUGGGCGCUGCCCGCGCCCCUCAGCCCGGCGCAGCUGAAGCGCCUGGAGGAGCACCGCUACAGCGCGGCCGGGCACUCGCUGCUGGAGCCGUGGCUGCAGCCCUACUGGUGCUGGCUGGUGGAGCAGGUCCCGCGGGGGCUGGCGCCCAACGCCAUCACCAUGGGCGGCCUCCUGGAUCUUUUUCCUUUCUCUUUAACUGUGGGGGAUACCAGUACAUCUGAAAUUGGGAACUAUGUGGUGACCUUUUAUGUGAAUCUCUUUCAGGCACCUUUUUGGGCAUACAUCCUGGGUGCUCUAGGACUUUUUAUCUACCAGUCUUUGGAUGCCAUUGAUGGGAAGCAAGCCAGAAGAACAAACAGUAGUUCUCCUCUCGGAGAACUCUUUGAUCAUGGUUGCGACUCUAUUUCCACAGUAUUUGUUGUCCUUGGAUCCUGCAUAGCAAUCCGACUAGGAACAAAUCCUGACUGGUUGUUUUUCUGUUGUUUUGUGGGACUGUUCAUGUUCUAUUCUGCUCACUGGCAGACAUACGUAUCAGGCAUGCUAAGGUUUGGAAAAAUUGAUGUAACUGAAGUUCAGAUCGCCAUAACAAUGCUGCUCUUGAUAUCUGCUUAUGGAGGAGCAGCAAUAUGGGACUAUAAGGUCCCUUUGCUGGGCUUAGAACUGAAGUUCUUUGCCGUUAUUGGCAUCCUGUGUGGAACAGCACUUUCUUUUUUCAAUUACUUCCGUGUUAUCUUUGGUGGAGGGGUUGGAAAGAAUGGAUCUACAAUAGCGGGAACAAGUGUUCUUUCACCAGGCCUGCACAUUGGACUGCUUAUCGCUCUGGCCAUUACAAUUUAUAAAAAGUCUACAACUCAGCUGUUUGAAAAACAUUCUUGCCUGUAUGUCUUGACAUUUGGGCUUGUGAAUGCCAAAAUCUCACAGAAGCUGGUGGUGGCUCACAUGACAAAAAGUGAAAUUUCUCUUCAGGAUUCUGCAUUUAUUGGGCCAGGACUUCUGUUUUUGGACCAGUACUUCAACAGUUUCAUUGAUGAAUAUAUUGUUCUGUGGAUAGCAUUGUUCAUAUCCUUGUUUGAUAUGCUGAGAUAUGCCUGUGGUGUAUGCCUACAGAUUGCCGCUCAUCUUCAUAUACAUGUCUUCAGAAUUUCAUCUCAUCAAGCUCCUGAGCAGGUUCAAAACCAUAAUGAUUGA